AUAAGUUGAAGAGAUUUGAUUUCUAGAAAAUACCUAGUAUUUCACUUUAGUCCAUCGUCUUUUGUUAUUUGAUCUGAAAAUUAAUUCCAUAACCUUCAAGUUCCGAGUAUUUGCAAAUUCCCACUGCGGCUACCCCAGAUAAACCCCCCAAAUGGGAAACUCCAAUUAGGGUUUUUCGCAUCGCAAAAUCUCUCUCGGCUCUAUAUAUAUAUACACACACUCCUUUUGUCCCCAUUCCACCCAUAUAGCUCCGCGCCUGUUUUCCUUUUAGGUUUUCGCUCUAACAUUCUUCGGCAAUGGAAGCGGUGGGCAGAGUCAGGGGCUGCCAUGCCGGAGCUUCCGAGAAGCUUUUUCUGAGCACUGCAAUGGAGGUUAUUGCCGCUCAAACCGCUGCGCUUUCUGUGGAGUCUCUCUCUUUCGUCCUCUUUUUGAUUGGAGUCAUUGGAUAUGCGUCUCAUAUACUUCCCAGAGAGCCCGAGAAUUCGCAAAGGGUGUCGGUAACUGAGGUUUACAAUGGGAAGGAAUGUGCCAUUGAAAAAGAGGAUUCCAAGGACAAUGGAGAUGGUGUUGGAGAUGAUGAUGGUGACGAUGAGGAAGAUGAGGUGGAUGAUGGUGAUGAUGAUGAUGAAGAUGAUGCACAAGAUGAUGUUGAAGCUGGAAGUGGUGAUGAUAAUGAAGACAAUGAUGAUGAUGAGGAUGAUAAUGAUGAAGACAACAAUGAUGAAGAUGAAGAUGAAGAGGAAGAUGAUGAAGAAGAUGAUGAUGAUGAUGAAGAUGAUGAUGAAGAAGAGGAGGAUGAAGAGGAAGAAAAAGAGGAUCAGCCACCAGCUAAAAAGAGAAAAUAAGGUCAUGUUUUGCUGGAUCUUAAAUGGUGAGUGGAAUUGGUAGUGUAAUGUGGUAAUAGUUUGGGCAGCUCAGUUAACUUGUGUUUAUGUUUCAUUCCUUUCUUCUUUUUCUUCUUCUUCUUCUUCUUAUUUCUAUUUGGGUGACAAUGAGGAGCUUUGUCACUGAGUAACAUAAUGAAAUUGUUAUAGUAGUUCUUCUAGUAAAGGGAUUCAUGUUUGCUGUCUUGUACCCCUGUUGAAAAUGGUUCUUUAGUUGAAGGAAAUGGCUAAUGGACUGGUAAUUUAUUAUUGAGAAAAUUAUAUUCUUCAUAAUUAAUUAUGGAGUAAUAU